AUGGCCAUCGACAAAAUCCAAGUAUCCGGCGACCCUCGGGUCCAGUACAAGUCCGCCAACCUCAACGGCAGGAAAUAUGGAUAUCUUCUAGCUCAACCUGAAUCGGGUCAGUAUAGGGCUACGAUCUUUCUUAUCCACGGCUUCCCGGAUUUGUCAAUGGGAUGGCGAUAUCAGAUUCCCAUGCUCCUUGGAAGAGGAUUACAGGUCGUCGCGCCUGAUUGCUUGGGAUAUGGAAGAACAGAUGCUCCAGAAGACGCCGCGCAGUAUUCCCACAAACGCUGCGCAGAUGAUAUCAAGGAACUCACAUCCCAGCUAGGAUUGUCGAAGAUCAUCCUUGGUGGACAUGAUUGGGGCGCAUUCCUCGCCUACCGCAUCGCCCUCUGGCAUCCAGAUCUAAUCACGCACCUCUUCACAGUCUGCGUACCCUAUUCUCCUCCAAGAAAGACAUAUAUCCCUCUAGAAGAGGGCGUGCGCACAAUUUUACCCAAUUUCACGUACCAGCUGCAAUUCCGCAGCGGAGAAGUGGAGAAGUCGAUUCGAAGUAAGGACGACAUCAGGAAUUUCCUGUCUGCCUUGUACGGAGGGCGAACGGCUGAUGAUGGUGGAUAUGCAUUUGCUGCUGAGAGAGGUGUGGAGCUCGGGAAGAAGGUUGGAACGUCGAGGCUUUUGAGUGAGGAGGAACUAGAGUACUAUGUCGAGCAGUUCAGCAGGAAUGGUUUACACGGUCCGUUAAACUGGUACCGCACCUCCGAAAUAAACUACAAAGACGAACUCUCCAUCCUCGACAGACGCAUCGAUACCCCCCUUCUCUUCAUACAGGCACUCAGGGACCCGGCACUCCCUCCAAGCCUGGGGAAAGGGAUGGCCAGAACGGUGCCCCAUUAUACCCUCAGACAAGUUGAUACCUUUCACUGGGCGCUGUGGGAGAGACCGGACGAAGUAAAUAGGAUUAUCGCGGAGUGGUUGGACCAAGUUGUCUUUUCAGACAGGCGGUUGGUGAAGCUUUAA